GAGCUCCCCCGUGGUUCGCCUACACGUCAAACUCCAAGUCGGCGCCUCCCUUUCUCCCCUUCCUACGGCUUCUCCUCCCCCUCUUCAGUCUUCACCCCUGCCCACCCUCGCAGAUCUCGCCAUUCCCUGCCACGCCGCCGGCCGCCCGCGCGCCCCGUUCCGGCGGAAGGUCCCCACCUCUCCCACAGCCUCUCCGGAGAGCCGGAGGGGCCUGCGCCUAUCCGACGGACGGCACGGCUCCUCCCUCCCCUGCUGCCCCGGCCGGCCGCGAUACGGGCUGUCGAUCCUCGGGUUCGUUCGAAGACGCAGGCGCCUGUGCGACAGAGUGCGCGCGCGGAGGGUCAGGGCCGGCGCCGAGAUGAAGGGCGUGUCGGCGAUCCCCGCCGUGGCGAUCAUCCCUUCGCCGCUCUUCCUCUGGCGGGUCAAGGUUAUAUUGUUUCUCCUAUGGGGCUUGUGCUGUUGCAAGGUCAGUGUUGCUCAAUCAAUCACUUUUGUAAUGUAUGAAUUCAGCUUCAUGUGGUUUGUUAAUCGAUUAUGCUCUUGGAACUGCCAGAUAGGGUGGGACUCGGUUAUGAGAAUGAGUGUUGAUCUGCGAGACUUAUUUCUAUACGAGGCUUUCUUAUACUAUAAUCCUCUUCUUCUGGUGGCACUGAUGAUUUGGUUAUGGGGAGUAAAUUUGUGGGUUUUCGCACAAUCAUCAGUAAAUUAUGCAAAGGUGUUUGAUCUUUCACAGACACAUUUAUCACACCGAGAAAUAUGGAGGUGUGCUACUUGGCUGACUUUAGUUGUUCCAACAAGUAUGACAGCUUACCUAUAUCUGUAUUCACAUGGUGAAGUGUCUCUUGCUGCAUCUCAACCAGUUCUUUUGUAUGCUAUCCUUCUGAUGAUCCUCCUUUCUCCUUUUGAUAUGUUUUAUUUAUCAUCACGCUUUUUCUUUCUGAGGACCAUGUGGCGUAUAGCACUUCCAUUACAAGCAAUUACAUUCCCUGACUUCUUUAUGGCGGAUAUUUUUACAUCCAUGUCAAAGGUGUUUUCAGAUUUGGAACGUUCAGGUUGUCGCAUGGUCCAUCGUCAGGUCGCGACAAUUGCUUGGUUUGAAGCAGAUUCAAUUUGUGGUAGCCACUCUGUAGCUAUUCCUCUAGUUCUGGUACUCCCUUAUUUGUGUCGUUUCUUCCAGUGUCUUCGACAGUACAAGGAUACAAAGGAGAAAACUUGUCUUCUGAACGCACUCAAGUACUCGACAGCAGUCCCUGUGAUCUUUUUAUCAGCUCUCAAGUAUCAUGUAUUUCCUGACGUAUGGAUUAGCUUUUACCGCCCCCUGUGGCUUAUUUCCAGUGUUGUGAAUUCACUGUAUUCCUUCUACUGGGAUAUAAAGCGAGAUUGGGAUUUGAGCAUUUUAACCAGGAUUUUCAUGUUCAAAAACCCAAGUGCAUGGAGCAAUCUUCUUUACGGGCGUAGCUGGGUAUUUUAUUGGGUGUUAGGUAGCAAUCUCAUUCUCCGAUGUACAUGGACAUACAAGCUAUCGGCGCAUCUUCGGCACAACUACCUGACAGUGUUUGCGAUAACAGCUUUGGAAGUGGUGAGGCGGUUCCAGUGGGUCUUUUUCCGCGUCGAGAAUGAGUGGAACAAGAUGACAGCCAAGCAAAAUUUUGAAAUGUCGUCUGAUGUGAUGCCUUCGGAAUCAGAUAGGCUACUGGAUUCUAACAGCCAUAAAGUCUGACCCUACACUCAAAACAAUCUUAUAGCGCGGUCCUUAUGAUGUUCUUUCUCGUACUAUCUCUAGAGCUCAGAAGGCCAAUUAUACAAGAUAGAUUUCCACACAAAAAUGAAGUUGUUGGCACAUGUGCCGUAUGUAACACUCUUGAAUCCAGACAAUGAUAGUGAUACCAAAAAAAUUAUGAUUUGGCACCUUUACAAAAGAUUAUCUGCUUAGCUGA